AUAAUAAGAAAGAUAAGACGGAUUCUCAACUUAUACUUCAAAAUGACAAUUUAUUUCAUCCGUUUUCAAACUCUCCAAUAAAGAGUCUUCGAGAACGAGGCGAAUUAAUCAGAAAAUUCGGUAAAUGUCCAGUUUGUGAAGGACUAGCUAAAGAGAACCAAAAGAGACCCACUUAUGAGUGUCCAGCUUGUGGAAUUCCUACUCAUUGCUCAGAAGAACAUUAUAAACAUAACUUAAUUGAACAUAAAUUACAUGCAUGUAAAAUGUUAAGAGAAUUCAAUGAAGAUAUGCAUGAUUUAAUGAGUGGUAGAAAAAUGAAAGAGUUGGAGUUUCCGAGUUCACAACCACUUGAUGAAGAAGUUAAUUUGUUAAAUUGGGACACAUAUUUGUACACAAGAGGAUUUCCAAGUAUAGAUCAUGAUCGGUCAUUGAGACACAUAUCUAAAUUGUUGACAUACCCAAUAACCAUUGGAUCUGUUUUGCACAAUAAUGGUCCCUAUACGCUCAGAAAUCGAUUGACAAACGAAGGGUUGAAGUCGUUAAUGGCAUUGAGAACGAGCUUGCAUCCAAAACAAGUCACUGUUGACAUAAAAACACUUCGUCCCGCAGAAACAGUCCGAAUCUUUAUCGUUGGAGCCCGUGCCGAAGCACAAUUACCGUUACAUCUAUAUACACAACUUUCAUAUUUAUUCCCGACCGUAACAUUGCAUUUUCAUUUCGUUGGACCAGAAUCACUUCCACGUGGAAAUGAGCCACAUUCAACACAUUUUAAUCAUUACCUUUCUUUUACAUGGAAAAAUUCUUUAUAUCAUGAUUAUCAUGAUGCUGUAUAUCCGUUUGACCCAUACUGUGACGUGUUCUUCCUUUUUAAUCCUGGAAUAGGCCGAAAUAACGGAAAAGAAUUAUGGGAGAGAACGAUUAAACAGUUAUUGAAAACUAAAUGCGCUAUUUUUAUUACCGGGUUUGAUGAAAACGAUAUGAAAAACGAAAUUCAAACGAUAGAGGAGGAUGACACAUUUGAAUUCGAUUGGGUACUAGAACCAGGUGAAAAUGAAUUUAAAAGUUUGCGAAGAGACAUUGACAUAGAAGACGUACGAAUUGGUGUCUAUCCAAAUUGGGGAAUUUUUGGAAUAAGAGGAAAAAGAUAUGAUGUACGUCACUAUGAGGAGGAUG